AUGGAACAGAAAAAGCAGAACCGAGAAGUGAGGGUGAGAGAAUCCACGAGCGAUUCGGAUGAGUUUCAGUGUGAUUACAUCGGGCCAUUCUCGCAUCAUGGACUGAGUCAAAAACCACUAUCCCUUCACCGGAAAAAUUCUUCGUUGCUGAAUCGGAGGAGAGCCAUCACUGUGGUGAACCUGGUCGCUGCCAGAGACUGCUGCCACUGUCUGGAGGAGUCCCGAAAAAGACACUCUGAAGCUGUGCACCGCUGCCGGUCGUCAUUGAGCCGCCGCCAUACCGAGAUUCUAUCGUCAAUCGUUGGCGAAAUUGGGAAUCAGAGACUCCGAGAGACAAAAGGCGAUGAUGAAAUCCAUUGGUUCAAGCCGAAAACCGUCAUCCCAGCUGAAAAAGUUUCCAUUGUUGAAUUGGAGGAGAGCCUUCACUAUUGUCGACCUGGUCGCUUCCGGAGGCCAUUGUUGCUGUCCGAUGGAGUCCCAGAGAAGAUAGCCUGA